CAGCCCAGCAGUGCUGCCAGUCAGUGCCACCAGUCAGUGCCUCCAGUUGGUGCUGUCAGUGCCGCUUAUCAGUGCCCAUCAUUUCCUGCAUAUCAGUGCAUCAUCAGAGCCUCCUCAUCAAUGCUCACCAGUGCCGCCUCAUCAGUGCUACCUAUCUGUGCCGCCUCAUCAAUGCCCAUCAGUGCUGCCUAUCAGUGCAGCCUCACCAACGCACAUCAAGGAAGAAAUAUUACCUGUUCGCAAAAUUUUCGAAUAGAAGCAAAGGAAACCUUUUAUGUUUUUAAUUUUUUGCUCUUUUUUCAUUUAUAG